CAGGGCGCCUACGACCAGCAGGCCUACACCAACGGCCAGCCACAGGCCUACGCUCAGCCCCAGCAGGGAUAUGCACCACCUCAGCAGGGCUAUGCUCCGCCCCAGCAGACCGGAUACGGACAGAUGCCCCAGGCGCAGCCAACAGGCUACGCCGCCCCUGCUGCUGCCGGAGCCAACUCGUACGAGAUGCAGAACGUCGUGACCGAGAAGCCCGCGGGCGACAUGAACGCCUUCUUCGGCGACAUCUCCGAGAUCCAGGACACCAUCCGCCAGAUCGACGACAAUGUCAACAAGAUCUCGGACCUCCACUCGCGCUCGCUCAACAACAUGGACGAGGCCUCGGCGCAGUAUGCGGAGCAGCAGCUCGCCUCGAUCCAGCAGGAGACGUCUUCGCUGACCAACGGCGUCAAGAACCGCAUCAAGCUGCUCGAGAGCCAGAACAAGCGCGUGCCCGCGGGCGGCGACAAGAACGUGCGCAACACGCAGGUGGGUGCGGUCAAGAACCGCUUCAAGGAGUCGAUCCAGCGGUAUCAGCAGGUGGAGCAGAGCUACCGUCAAAAGUACCGCGCACGCGCAGAGCGUCAGUUCCGCAUCGUCAAGCCCGACGCGUCGCAGCAGGAGAUCAAGGCGGCGCUCGACGACGACCAGGGCGGCGCCAUCUUUUCGCAGGCGCUGCUCAACUCGAACCGGCACGGUGAGGCGCGCGGCGCGCUGCGCGAGGUCCAGGAGCGUCACGAGGACAUCAAACGCAUCGAACGCACCAUCACCGAGCUCGCACAGCUCUUCAACGAGAUGUCCAUCCUGGUGGAUGAACAGGACGAUGCACUGAAUGUGAUCCAGGAACAGGGCGCACAGGUCGAGACGGAUAUGCAGCAGGGACUGCAGCAUACCAACAAGGCGGUCGACUCGGCGAGGAAGGCGAGGAAGAAGCGCUGGAUCUGCUUCUGGAUCAUCAUCGUGCUCAUCAUUGUUAUCGCCGCUGUCGUCGCUGCGGUCGUCUGCACGCAGGGCACCAACUGCGGUCGAGGUGGGAACAACAACAACAACAGAAGAUCGCUCGUCGAACGCAGCGUACACUAUGUCCACGGCGUGGUUAUCAACAAGGAGAGGUCCGAGGCCUUCCUCUUGCCGGAUCUGGGCAUGUAG